CAAAAUACAAAGUGAAUUUGUACCAUGACUUUAAAAGUAAAAGUUGUUUUUCUCGUUGAUUGUUGGUCUCAUGGCUAGUUAUGGUAAUGGGGCGGGUAUCUCAAAUCCCAUAAUCACCCCACACUAAGCCCGGGUUUGGUCGGGUAAUACCCGUGUGGGUACGGGGCGGAACGGGUUGAUCCAUCCUUAUAUGUUAUUUGUAAAAAGAGUGUCAGCUUGUAACUCUUUUACAAAAAGACAUAGAGAAAACACUUCAUAAAUGAAUGAGAAAUACAAAUAUAAGACAUAAUUGAAUAUAAAUAGUUGAAAGAUAUCGUUUUAAAAUUUCUUUGGGGUGAAAAUAUGAUUUUAUAAAGGUCAAAAAAGGACACAUACAUAUAGAUUUCAAUGCAAAUCAUGAUAGACGAGCCGAGAAUGGGACGGUGCAGGUUAAAAGCAAUACUCAUGUUCCACCCACACUACAAUGUUUUGGAUAAUACUGGCCCCCAAACAAAUCGAGACAGGCCGGAUCGCACGAGUUAGAUCCAAAAUUGCCAUCACUACCUCAGACUCGAACCUAGAGACCAACAACCAAACAGCAAAGCGAGAUACACAAAAGUCUCCCAUGAGAUUUCAAUACAAAAUCCUCACUCUCAUAGGCAAAAAGAUUAAAAACCUUUUAUCUUUGACGACUCCAAUAAAUGGGAAUUUUCAAGCACUAUGUCCCUCGUCCCCACCAAUUACUUUUUAUUUAUUUAUCAAACUCACUGUGCUAAAUCAUCAAAGGCGACUGAUUUCACAAACCAUAUGUGGGAGAGAAUAAAAGCCAGAAAGGGCAAAAAAGGUGGCAAGUGACACAAACCCAUUAGGCCAUUAUUAGCCUUCACGCCUCCACCAUUGGGACAAAAUACAGAAUCUCUUCGCCCCCAUUCUUUUUCUCCCUUCCUCUCUUCUCCUCCAUGUGGAUUUGAGACCAACGACACUACCUUCCUACCUUCCUUCCAAAUUGCCAAUCAAGCCAUCUCCACCAACCCAUCUCUUGUUAUCUUCAUCACUCUUUCCACCAUAACAGAGUCCUCUGCAAAUAACAGAGGCCCGCAGCAAAAGGAUCAACAGCAUGGAAGAACCAACAGAGGCCACCAACAACAACGGCAGCAGCAGCUCUAGCUCUUUCCACUACAGGAAGUCGAGGGUGAUGUCAUCCGAGAUAGUGGAGAUAGUGGAGCUGGAAGAGAACACUGUGAGCGUUGGAAGAUCCUGCAGUAGUGGGGUUGAUGGCAAUGGCGAUGUAUAUGUUGGUGUUGGGAGAGAUGAUUUGGAUGCUGUGAAAUGGGCUGUGGAUCACAUCUCACCUGGAGCUCGCUUGUUCCUUGUCCAUGUCUUCCCUCCCAUCCACUACAUCCCAACUCCAGUUGGAAGAUUGUCCAAGAACCAGUUGAGCAAGGACCAGCUGAGAUUCUACAUCAAAGAAGAGAACAACAGGAGGAGGAGUCUAUUGCAGAAGUACAUUCGCUUGUGCGACGAUGCCAAGGUUCCGGUGGACACAAUGCUGCUGGAGAGCAGUGAGAUUGGGAAAGCCAUUGUUGAGCUCAUCCCUGUUCUCAACAUCACCAAUCUCGUACUGGGCACCAAGCUUCUCCCCCGUCCUAGGAGGCUGAUAAAGAAAGUGGGGAAAGCAGAAUACGUGAAGAAGAAUGCUCCAGAUUACUGCCAAGUCACCGUUGUUCACCAGGGGAAGGCCAUUGAUCAUCUUCAUUGGGAGGAAACGAGAAAGCAGCCUACCGGUGCUCGGAAGAAUUCGAGGUCUGCGUCGUCGUCGCGUAUUCAGAGAGUAGCAUCCAUGGCCAGUCCUGACAGGAAGUUCUUUCAAUGCGCUUGCUUUUCAGGCAAAUCCCAUUGACCAUUGAGCUCACUAGAGGUCACGAAUGUGUUUCCAAGUCCAAAGGAAGUAAAUCCAUUUUUAUUUU